UGAUCUGGCAAGUCGUAAAGUGUGUCUUCACUCAAAUUUAUAAUCGCCACUAAAUAGAUCAAUAAUUUUGCAAUCAAUAAAACAUCUCAACUUACAACAAAGCACCUUCACUAAACAACUGUUCGCAGCGAAUUACAAAGUAUUUUGAACAAAAAAUAACAACAAAAACAACUGCCCCUGAUCGCAAUAAGAGCCAAAAAUCAAUUCUCAAUUUUUAUUUUACAGCUCUUUCAUGUUAUGAAUAAUAGAUAACUGAAAUCAUCAUUUUCACUCUCAAUUCCUAUUUAGCUUUUUUGAUAUCAGAGCUCAGUAAUUGUUUUCUUCAUCCCUACUUCAAGUGUGUCAGCAAUGCCUCAUACUGGAGUGAACCAACUGGGAGGUGUGUUUGUGAAUGGUCGACCCCUGCCGGACUACGUGCGGAGGAAGAUCAUAGAGAUGGCCCAUCUGGGAGUGCGUCCCUGCGACAUCUCCCGGCAGCUCCUUGUGUCGCACGGCUGUGUGAGCAAGAUACUCACUCGGUACUACGAGACGGGCACAGUUAGACCAGGCGCCAUCGGCGGCAGCAAGCCAAAGGUAGCUACCCCGGAGGUAGUGAAGAAGAUCUUGGCCUUGAAAAGAGAGAACCCCUCCAUCUUUGCGUGGGAGAUCAGGGACAAGUUGAACGAGAGUGGCAUCUGCAUGGACACCAGCCUACCCUCCGUCUCCUCCAUCAACAGAAUACUGCGAAAUAUACCAGCAUACUCGUUCUCAGUACAAGACGACAAGUGCACUGCUGCCGCCGCAGCUGCUUUCUUCCCCUCUGGACCACCCGCCGGAUAUCCCCAAUGUCCCCUCUUCAUCCCCUACGGCCCCUCCCCCACAGUCGCCUGCAAUGGAUUCAGUCCCAACAUGAUCACAUCUGCAGGUGUCACUCCUGGAUCCCAAGGAUUCCACUACCCUGGAUACUACAGUCAGCAGAGCCACAACAGUCUUAAGCAUGCAACGGAUUCCAUAUCAUCGGCAAUUAACGAACAGACCUCAAGAGUCGCUUCAAAUGGAUCUCUGGCUCAGGCCAGCUUCGAAUCACAGUCUAGAAAUGCCUCCUUGGCCCAUUUAGGAUACGAUUCAGUUGGAAACCCAGCAUUACAUGGUUUGAACACAAGUCCAAGUCAUCUGGCUAAGUACUCCCAGAUCUAUCCGCCCCCAGCUUUGGUCCCUGUGUACCAACCACAUUUGGCCUCGCAGUCGAAUAAUGGACAAUCGGUAACUUACGACUCUCAAAGGACCUCCGAAUCGCCACACAGUUUUAGUCCAAAUAAAAUCAGUCCCUCGGCUAGAAGUGACUUGAUGUCAGCUGCAAAUGGAGUGAAGAUUUCAGUCGCGACUCAUAAUCACAUGAUUGAGAAGAUUCUGGGCGAGCGAAAUGGCACGACUAAUCAGUUGGCAGAAGGAGCAAGAAAACGAAAAAACUCAACUGAUGCGUUGACUUCAGAAACUUCAGCUAAAACAAGCAAAACAUUUGGAUUCUCUAGCAAUGGCUCAUUAACUUCAACAUCAUUCGCAUCUCUUCAGCCAAAUGCAAAUACAACCAACAACUUUUCCCUUUUCUACCGAGCAGAACAAUCCCCCCUCACAGCUUCAAUCAGACCACCUGUGCAACAAUUAGGGGGCUACUUCUCAGAAGUUGGGGGCUUUUCUGGGAACCCUGCAAACAACCAGUUCUCCUCGCCCUAUCCCUCUCACGUGACUGGGCCUCUAUCUCAGGGUCCAGUGCCUCCUUUGGAACCAUGGGUCUCAAAUGGCUCAAACCCAAUUUCGAGCUGCACAGUAAUCAGUCCUGCAAAGUGAACAGUAUUCGAUGAG